UUGCUAGAGGUUUAUUCUGGAAAAUGUCUAUACAACAACUUCCAGCUUGUGCAAGAAGCUUUGGACAAGGCGUCUGAAGGAAGAACCUGCAUCGUAGUGGCUCAUCGACUUUCAACGGUCGUCAACGCCAAUUGCAUAAUGGUCAUUAAGGCUGGAAAAGUUGUCGAAAAAGGUAUGGCUAAUUUUUAUGCAUUUCUGCCUUGUUGUCUACAUGCAAUUCAUCAACUCAUACAUGAUCUGUAUGUGGUAUAAAC